CUCCCCGCGCACGAUCAUCUCGCAGGCGAGUUACGUUUUCGCAUUUUUUGAAGAAUUUUUUUAUUUUUUUCUUUCGGUUUUCGUUUCAAUUUAUUCCCCACCGAAAGAGGUGUACCGAUUGAAAAAAAAAAAACGAAAAGAGUGAAAAUCACAGCGAUCGAAGAUGAAAUUUUCGUGGAUUUUUCCGACGUUGUUGAGCGUCCUUUGCCAAAUCUUCGAGGAAAUCGAAGGGGCUCGAAUAUUGGGAAUAUUUCCAUUGGAGAUUCCGGAUCAUUUCGUAAUGUAUCAAGAAGUUUUGAAGGGGCUCGCGGACAGAGGUCAUAAGGUGGACGUGGUCAGUCCGUACGGGUUGAAAAGGUCGCACGAGAAUUACACAACGUUGAUAAAUCUCGCGGGAAAAUCGUCGGCCAUGAAAAACAAUCUGACCGGAUUGAGCGUGAAGAAUGUGGGCGGCGAUUACUCGCCGGACACGUACGGCAAUAAAAUUUGCGAACUUCUCGAUCUACCAGAUUUUCAAUCGCUCGUCAAAACCCCCCCGAAGGAUCCACCCUACGAUCUCGUCAUCGCGGAGUUGUUUUAUGCAAAUUGCUACCUGGCGUUCGGAAGACAUUUGAACGUUUCCGUGGUCGCGAUAAGCCCCGAAGAAAUGCCGAAUUAUUUAAAUGAACCUGUUGGAAAUCCUCUGAACACGGCAUUCGUGUCGCAAUCGACCUACGGUUCGUUUUCCGCUAUGAAUUUUUGGCAGAGAUUUAAAAAUACCCUGUGGACGGCUUGGUCGAACUUCCGAAUAAGACGCACCACCGAGGUACAGAACGAAAUAAUAAAGAAACAUUUCGGUAGCGAAAUGCCGGGAGUCAGAGAGUUGGAGAGAGAAUUGGCCCUCGUUCUCGUUAAUUCCCAUCAUUCCAUCAACGGAAUUCGACCGAAGACUCCGGCGGUUGUGGAAGUCGGAGGUCUCCACAUCAGGGAAGAAAGAACGGAGUUGACUCCGGAAUUUAAAAAUUGGUUGAACGAAAGCACGAGCGGUUUCAUCUACGUCACCUUCGGAUCGAUAAUAAAAAUUGAUUCCUUUCCUCGAGAAACUAUAGCGGAAUUGUACAAGGGAUUCGGAAAAAUAUCACCGAUCAGGGUCCUUUUGAAAGUAGGCAACUCGAAAAAAUUACCACCUGCUCCGAAGAACGUGAUUAUGGUAAAAUCCGUACCGCAGUUGGAAAUUUUCAGACACCCGAAUCUGAAAGGAUUCGUGACUAACGGUGGUAUAACGGGAAUCCAAGAAGCCGUGGUUUUCAAAAUCCCGAUAAUUGGUAUACCGAUGAUUUCGAACCAGCCGCGAUUGAUCAAAAAUUGCGUCGACAAAGGGAUAGCCGUGUCGCUUGACUACGAGGACAUAACGGAAUCGAAUUUCGUAUCGGCCGUCAACGAUAUCGUCAACGAUCCGAAGUACAAAGCAAACCUGAUCGCUGUGUCGAGACAAUUUUUGAAUCGACCGACCAGCUCAAAAGACGCGGCAAUUUUUUGGAUCGAGCACGUUAUAAAACACGGUGGCUCGUUGCGAUCACCGGCGACGAAAUUAUCCUGGUGGCAAUUGUCACUGCUAGACAUUUACGCUACUAUUUUAAUAACGAUUUCAACAAUCCUCUACUUAUCGAAAAUUUUCCUAUUAAUUUUAGUACGUCGAUUAAAGCGCACCGACGCGACUUUGCCUACUUCUAAAAAAAUGGUUUGAACAGUAGCUACUGUACGUAAUCAAAAUUAAUUUGAAAUUUCGUUUCGUUUUUUUUUCUCAUCUUUAGCAAUUUUUUUUCCACUAUACGUUCGACAGGGUGAUUGCGGUAGGUACCCGCAUAAAUGAUGAAUGAGAAUUUCUUCCCCAUUUCGUGCUUCCGAAGGGGAAAAAUAAGAAAAUGGAAAAUGAAAAAACAGCCCAUCACAUCGUUUUCUUAUUUGAGUGAAAUGAUCUGGAAUAAAUUUGAAAGAGUCGUGAAGCGAUCAGCGGCAAUUUCGCGAUGAAGAUCCGAUUUAUUUUCCCCCAACUCUAUGAGGAGGAAGUACAUAUGUGCGCGGAUAGAUACGUAUAUAUACGAUUGUCCGCAUGGGUGACGUUGAUAGGCCGAGUCAAAGAAAAUCAAUUCCAUUUGCUUAUUCGAUUCGAAUUCGAAAUUUUUACGUCAGUUUCAGGAGGCUUCGUUUAGUCAUCGUGCGUAUUUGUAUUGUGUAUAAAAAAUACGGUAUUACAAAGUUCAAAAGUGCGCGAAAGGUUAAUCUCGAAAGCGAUUACAAAUUUUCUUUAUGUUGCCUACACCGAGAGUUUGAAGACUUUCUAAAAUCAUUUCCCGAACGUUUAUACCUAUAUACCUCUGUUUAUCCAACCCUCCUCAGUACCUUCCGCGAGAUCGAGGGUUUGAAAAAAGAAAAAGAAAAAAAACCAGAAGAAAAGAGAAAAAGAAGCGAAAGAAUGAAAGAAUGAAGAGACGGAGAAGAAAAAGAGUUCGCCAAGUUUGCAAACGAUUUUUUCAUCUCCCUCGCGCCGCGUCGCUAAAAUUCAACGAAAGUAAAACUCUUUGUUCGAAACGAAAAAAAAAGGAAAUGAAAUAAAAUAAAAAUUUGCAAAAAGAGCGACCGAUAAUUCCGAGUUUCGAAGCUUGUCUAAAUUUUUUCGGGUAUCUUUUCCGCAGCUCAGAUAUCGCAGGUUGGUACAAAAAUCGUCAUUAAUUUUGAGACCUACAUAAAUAAUUAUAGUUAUUUUUACUGAGUAUUUCGAUGUAACUUAGGUGGCUAGUUUAUAGUGCAACAAUUAUCACGGUGCAACGAUUUUUUUUUCCCUGUAAAAUAGUACAUGUAUAUCGUUCUUGUAAAAAUAAAUGAAAAAAAUAUUCUUCAAA